CAGCCCCGCGCCCGCGCUCCGGCAGCCCAGCCCGGCCGCCGGCUGUCCCCAUGCAGCUGCUACUGCUGGUGCCGCUGCUCGGCGCCCUGCUGCCGGCCCAGGCGCGCUACGACCCCACCUGGGAGUCCCUGGACGCCCGCGCCGUGCCCGCCUGGUUUGACGAGCUCAAGUUCGGCGUCUUCAUCCAUUGGGGCGUCUUCUCGGUGCCCAGCUUCGGCAGCGAGUGGUUCUGGUGGUAUUGGCAGAAAGAAAGGAGAAAGUCCUAUGUAAAAUUUAUGGAGGAUAAUUACCCUCCUGGGUUCAGGUAUGAAGAUUUUGUCCCGUUGUUCACAGCAGAGUUCUUUGAUUCCAACCGCUGGGCAGAUAUUCUGGAAGCUUCCGGUGCAAAAUACGUUGUCUUGACUUCAAAACAUCAUGAAGGUUUUACUUUGUGGGGAUCCAAAUAUUCUUGGAACUGGAAUGCUGUAGAUGUUGGACCUAAACGGGACAUCGUGGCUGAGCUAGCAGCAUCUAUUAGAAACAGGACAGACUUGCGCUUUGGGCUAUAUCACUCUCUGUUUGAAUGGUUCAAUCCCCUUUUCCUGGAUGAUGCCUCCAAUAUGUUCAAGACGAGAACAUUUCCAACUUCUAAGUCAUUGCCUGAGCUCUAUGAGAUUGUUAAUAAAUACCAACCAGAGAUCCUUUGGUCAGAUGGGGAUGGUAAUGCACCAGAUACUUACUGGAACAGCACUGGUUUCCUAGCCUGGUUGUACAAUGACAGCCCAGUUCGGGAUACAGUGGUAACAAAUGAUCGCUGGGGAGCUGGCAGCAUUUGUAAGCAUGGUGGAUACUACACCUGUAGUGACCGCUACAACCCAGGACACCUUCUGCCUCACAAAUGGGAGAACUGUAUGACCAUAGACAAGUGGUCAUGGGGUUACAGGAGGAAUGCGCAGCUACGUGAUUACUUAACAAUUGAAGAAUUGGUGAAGCAACUUGUAGAAACAGUAUCAUGUGGAGGAAAUCUCCUGAUGAAUAUUGGGCCAACUCAUGAUGGUUGCAUUGUUGCAAUAUUCGAAGAACGUCUGAGGCAGAUGGGUGCCUGGCUGAAGGUCAAUGGAGAAGCCAUUUAUGGAACUAAACCAUGGAGGGCUCAAAAUGACACCUCCACACCGGGAGUCUGGUAUACAUUUAAACCAAAAGGAGACAUUGUGUAUGCCAUUUUCCUUAACUGGCCUGUCUCAGGGACUCUGAUACUUGGUGAGCCAAAAACCACUCUUGGAGGAACACAGGUGAAAUUGAUUGGAUAUAAGGAACCACUGAAGUGGAUUUCACUAGGAGAAAAGGGAAUGAUAGUUGCUGUACCUCAGUUAACCCUUAGUCAAUUACCAUGCCAGUGGGGGUGGACUCUGCAACUGACUAGUGUUAACUGAACAAGAUAUACAGAGAUUGAAAGUUGUAGACCCCCCCCCCCCCAAAAAAAAAAAAAUCCUUAAGUCAAGCAUAGUUAGAAGUACUUCAUAUUUUUAGUUGAGUCUAGGUAUUGAAUUUUGUAAACAGAGCUGAAAUCGGGAUUGAUGGGUGCAAAUUUAAUGCAGAGUUGUGGUUUCAAGUUAGUAGGAUGAGAACUUGGCCCUUUUAUUCUAUCUUCCCUGGUGUUAAAAGAUGGGGUGAUUUUACAUUGGGGCUUAUUUGAAACCUGAUAUUGGAUUUCUGACUUAUAGUGGGCUUCAGUUCAACACUUCGAGGGUGAAAAAAACAUGCACUAAUCACAGCAUCUACCUCAAUCUCUCCACACUGGCCAGUAAAACUAUUUUUUUGCAGUUCUUGCAAAAUCCUUUGUGAACAAAUGGAAUACUACCCCUUCUCAUGACUUAGAGCUCAUUUUUUAAACAAGUGAAAGAUAAAGUACGAAUGCAAAAUUUAGCUCAGCCAUUGAUCAGAAAUGGUGUGUUCGUGAGAACUCAACUCUACCAAUCUCUCUCUCUUGCUUUUAAUUUUGUGCACUUUUGGUUCUACAAAGAUCAUUUAAGAUUUUUUUUAAAGCAGGAAAGUAAAUGAUUUUGUCAAAAACCAUCCUUUUAACUGUUCCUGCAAAGGAUAUGAAAAAUACAGAGGCUAAUAUUUGAAGCCUUUUUCAUUGGCAUCCUUUCAGCAGCCUUGUGUAUCCCAACAAUUACUUUAGACUGUCUUAGAAAAUCAACAGAUCUAAACUUAAAAGUUGUUGGUUGGUGGGGUUUUUUUAUACCAGAUAGUAAAUUAAGUAACUGAAAGGGCCAAAUAAUACUGCUCUAAAUGGUCAAAUGGCCCUUGCGGGAGGGAAGAUUUAACAAGUCAUUUCUUUCCUCCCAGUGCGUGGAACUUUCUGCCUGUGACCCAUUUUUCUCCCCUCCACACCCAUAAUAAAAGAUAUAAAGACCUGAUCACUGGCAGAAAAAUCUUAUCUGGUGCAUCCACAGGAGUUAGAAAGCAGAUGUGACACAAUGUCUACUGGUACAACUACUUGGAUAACCAAACUAGCUUUAGUACUGAAAGCAGUAUGCUUGCAGUAGCAUAAUGCUUCAUCUACACUAACUGACCUUGCUGAGACUGUUCUGGCCACCCCAAUAUAGUAAUACUGUUCCCGUUACAGAGCUAACUUACCAGUUGAUACAGGCCUUUGGACAGUCCUUGUCCUUUGCCUGUGCUCUUCUUGCUCAGGUAUAUAAUAUACAUGUCUAGCCAGGAGUUUGCAGACAAAGCUAUAUAGGCUAUACUUACAGUCUUUAAAAGACUCAGAACCCACUUCACAAUUUGUGAUUAAAAUUACAGAAGACUUCAGUACCAAAUGGUUAUGUUUCACUUUUGGAGCUAUGGGGAAGUCGGCACAUGUACCAUGCUUCCAUUUUCAUUACUAAGUUUCAUAGCAUUUUCUUUUUUAAGACGCUAGUUCUGCAAAGCCUUGUGCUCCUCUCCAACUUCAGGUGCUGCAAGUAGUUGUGUUGAUUUUAAGAACAUUACCAGUAUAUACUCAAAUCUCAAAGACUGGGGCCUUACUCGUGACUGGUGGUACUAGACUAGGAGACUCAUGUAUCGGUUGGCAUUCAAAUUCCUGUAAGGUCAGAGUGUUUUAAAUAAAAUCUUUUCUAAGCAAUCAUUUUCUAUAUCAGAAGUAGAUAAGAUGUAACAUUUAAGAGACUAGAUUUUAUAACUGAAUCCUAUUUCCAAUUCUUGUACUCGUAUUCGGGAUUAUACAGGUGGGAAAUUUUAUUUACUUGUACUGUAUGCAUAACUUUAUUUGAUAGGGCUACUGCUGAUUCUUGUUUACAUUAACUGUAAAGAAUUACCAGAAGCACCUAAAGUGUGAGAGAGGUGCUUUACUUGAAUCUUACGCAACCAAAUAAUUAGAAACUGGCCUUGAGAAUAAUGUAUAGAAAACUAGAAAUUGUCUGUUUUGAAUGCACAGGACUAAAUUUUGCAAGGAUCUCUAUUACCUGAAAGCUGUAUCUUUGUGCAAGGGUGUUUAUAGGGUCCAGUACAAUGAUAUACUGUCAAGAUACUCUUUGGGCCAACUUCUGCAUGUACCUUAUGUUCUCUGUCUAUGCUGAUGUUCCAGGUUACAGACUUCAAGGGAUGGUAUCCUAGCAUAUUGAAAUCACUUGGAGUUUUUCCAGACUUCAGUAUGCCUGGGAUUUAAGGCAUUCAACUUGAGGAUUUAAGGAAUAUGUCAGGAAUAAGAGAAAACUGAAUGACUGGCAAGUUUUGAAGCUUUGAUUCUAGACUACUGAAUAAACGGGUAUACUUGGUCAGCCAUCUAGAGCAGGGGUGGCCACCCUGCAGCUCUUCAAAAGUUAAUAUGCAUCUCCUUGAAUCUUUACACAAGCACAUGGUGACCAGUAACCAUUUGGAAGUUUUGUGCAAAGAUUCAAAGAGAUGUAGAUUAACUUCAGAAGAGCUGCAUGUAGCUCUGGAACUGCAGGUUGGCCACCCCUGUUGUAGAGGGUUCUAUCAGGUUGCUAUAGGUCACGUGAACUUGCAGUUUUGAUUUGGGGAAGUACAUUGGGAAAUGUAUCUUAGAUUCAUCUCCACCUCAGUUAUUUUGCUAAGGAUUUCUGUGGGUGAUAUCUUUUAUUUGGGUCAACUGUAUAACUGGGAUAGACUUAUAGGCAAGCUUCUAUAUGCUGGGCUUUCUUCUUCAGGUUUCAAUAAGAAACCUUUUUUCUACAUUUUCCAAUUCAAUCCCUGCUCUUCAGGCACUCAUGACAGUAGAUUAUUACUACCCUAGUGUAAUUCUAAAUACUUUCACUAAUAGCAUUCUCUACAGUUUGGUAACCAUAAGGUUGGAUAUUUAAGCAGCAAAGGAAAAAAAAAAAUCAAGUUGUCUUAACUUGUGUAUCAAGGAAUUAUUUUUCUGGUCUUUACUUUCCUACAGAAACAUACAGUGUAAAUAAAAGCAAGACUCUUGUACUGAAGAUUCAAUUUAUUUUUCUUUCAGGUAUGUAAAGUCUGAACGUGGUAUAGACAUUCUUUUGUUGGUAAAAUUACUGCACACACAAGCUUUACAUUAAAAUAUUUUAUUACAAUACAGACAGUUGGGCUCAAAAUUAAUACAAAUUAAGAUAAAAUAUUUACAAACAAAUGUGUACAGUAGUGGCCAUUAGUGAACAGCAUAAAUGAUAACCUCUACAAUCAAUGUACUUUUAAGUCUUAAGGAAGACAGCAACUAUCCAGAACUUUGGUCAGAUAUAAAUACUAAUUGGCAAAAACUUAUUUUGCCUCUGGAAUAUUAACUAGCCAAGAACGGCAUCUGUAGCAUUGAAAUUAAAAUCCCUCUUUCCUCAAGGAAAUCUCAAGGCAAGGAGAAGAGCCCAAUUUCACCCAGUUUACUGCCUGUUGUUCUAGAGCUUGAUGCCUAGUAUGCUUUUCUUUCUAAAUUUACCACAGCCCAAGCAGGUCUGUCUCACCAAUUGUCAGUAUCCUGGUAUAAACAUGAACUACCUUUCACAUAUAGUAAAAUUAACUGUAAAUAAGUUAUUCCAUAGAUUUAAAGUCUUCUUACAACAGUCUUCAUAUUCAGUGAAUCUUUCGAUGAAGAUGCUUUCUAGAUCAGGUGUUGUAAGCAGGUUUCUAUUAUAUAAACAAAAGCAAGUGCAUUCCUGAUUAUUUAAAAAUUUUUUUUUCUGUAGGCCUAGCAUUCUUACACCAUUAUGAAAUUAACCCAAAUCCUUAUAAGUUCUCACCAAUAGCCACAAGGGAUGUACUAUAAAUAUAUGAUCUGUCCCAAUGAUGCACAGGUCAUUUCUCUAGUUGCUGAGGGGUACUGAAAGCUUCAUAAACAUUGGCAGCAAAGUCUUUCACUUGUUCCAUCAUCAGCAGGUCCUG